UCCACGUCGGCGCGAGGCGGAGCGCGGCUGCCGUUUGAAUUCCGGCGGGCCGGCGGCGCCGUCUCCCGCGGGGAUGGCGGUGCUGCGGCCCUUCAACAAGCUCCCGCCGCUCAACUCCGGCGUCCUCCUGCUCGUGGGCUCGGACGAGGCGCUGCAGCAGAAGCUGGCGGAGGCGAUCCUGCAGGAGAACAAGGACUUCAACAUCAGCAUUCACCUGGCUACAUCCCUCCCCUUACCUUCUGAGAGGGAUCAUCUUCGACCCAGGAUAGAUCUGGUUGUGUUUAUGAUUGACAUCAAGAGCAAGUACAGCUUGAAGAAUGUCGAAACUUCCCUAGCCCAUGUGGAUGCCAGCUUCUUCCUGGGGAAAGUGUGCUUUCUUGUCACUGGGGUUGGCAGGGUGAAUGCUUGCAGCAUUGAGACAAAUGCUAUCUGUAAAUUAGGAGAAGCCUACUGCAGUCCUGUGCUAUUCUGUGAGCUGGAGUUGGAAGGCAUUCGAGUGGCUACUGCUCAACGACUUGUGCGAAUGUUAGGAAUCUGUGCCGGUCACAUACCGGGAGUUUCUGCCUUGUCCUUUGUCUCGCUGAUGAGGAGGUCUGAUGAUAAUUAGCUUCUCAUUGUGAUACUUCACACACAUUCAUCAGGUUUUUUUCACUUCAGGCAUUCAAGCUGCUGCAGUUGGAAUCACAUUGGGAAGCUUUUUUUGAGUGACUUGUCAUGGCCACUCAUCCAGAACUGUUCCUAGUUGCUUACCUCUCAAUAAAAGUUUGAUUCCUAUUGAGUGGAUAACAGAUAGGGAGGGGAGUUUGAAUUGGGAAUUCUGAUCCAUUAUUACACCUGAAUCCCAUUUCAUGAUCAAGUUUGAGUCUUUUCCACUUGGCCAGUGGCCAGGAGCUACAUGUUUUUCUGAGAGAAUAUUAGAAGAGCAGGCUACUGUCUCCAACGUACCAGAGAAGAGGCAGCAGGCUCCUUCUUGCAGUUGAAAUGCAGCACCUUAGUCUAAUGUGAAACCUUGCUGCCAGGUUUUGUCUGUCCACCAAGAGAAGAAUGGGGAAGGAAGGCUGGCCUGGAGCUUCUAGAUAGACUGCACUUGGCAGUUAAUGAUCCAGCUGUGUGAGCAUCUGCCCAGCGAAGACUUGCUAUUUCCAUGUCCGCUACCUAAUUGGGAAGGAAGGGACUAAAGAAGAUAAUCUAUCUAGCACUUCAGCUUUCUUUUAGAUCCUCAAAGAAAAAGACUCCACCUGUCAAGCCCAAAGACAGCUCCAGUAGUGCAGCCUCUGGGGCUGACCAGAGGUGAAACCCAGCAGCCAGGACCACGGCAGCACACAGAAAACAGGUUGUCUCAGCUGCUUUGGCAUAUGCUGUGUAUAAUCCCUUUACUAACAGGUUCUGACCAGCUGUAAGUUGUGCCUUGUGCUUACUG